AGCCAGGGCCCAAGUUCAUCCCACACACCCACUCCCAUGGCGGCGGCGGGCACCUGGCUCCGGCGAGUGGCGGCGGCUAUGCCGCGCAUCCCGUGCGCGCUUCCCGCCCUCCCGAUCGCUCCUCCGCCUGCCCCGGUCCUGGAGGCGCCUGCCCUCGCGCUCCCCGCCCGCGGCGCCGCCAUGGACCUCAUGGCCGUUCCCAAAAAGAAGGUCUCCAAGUAUAAGAAGGGUCUGAGGAAUGGAUCUAAAGCCCUAAAGCCUGUUCCAGUGAUUGUGCGUUGCAGAUGCUGCGGCCGUGUGAAGCUGCCGCACUUUUACUGCUGCAGUGGGGAGCGAGGGAACCCUGAUUCUUCAAGCUCGUAAUGUGCUCAGCUUUGGAGUCUUUGAAAUUGGAUAGGAGACGUGAUGGGACGCCAGAUGCCGCAAUAGUCAUUAACCUUAGCGGUACACCGCUUCCAGUUCCCUCUAGUCGAUCUCUCUCCGCCUUUCUGCUCUUGCAGCUGAGUCCACCACUCCGUCAGACUACUCUUUCGCCGCUGCUUGGCGUCCUGCAAUAAUCAGUUUGGGGUGCUCUUCGUAAUAACCCGUGUACCUUCUUCAAGUGCCCUUAUACUGUUGCGCCUGCCGCUUGCAAUCUUGGUGUAGGGUUUGAGUGAACCAAGGAAGCAUGGGGUGAGGAGCAUGGCUGAGGUUGUUGACCCCAGUCCAGGGUGAGGAAUCAGCUAGCUGCUCUGCUUUCCGUUCCUUCCUUUGCAGCAACCUUAUCCUGGGGACACGUUACCUCGCAA